AUGCGCAUAUCCAGUCAAUGCAGCAACAAGCGCCGCCUGAGUGCGGAGUCAGUGCGCAUUCUGGGGCUUUAUGAGUUAUGGUUACUUCACAUGAGCCCCAUGAUCAGCAUGCGACCGGCAGCAGUGUUUCCAGUGGAAGCACAAGCUGACGCCAGUGCCCAAGGUCAACGGGCUUGCAUUGGUGGGUUCGUGUCACAUCCUGCAUUAGGCCAAAGGUGGUUUAGGGAAGAAUUCACAUAUGAGGAGUUCCGCGAGCUUCAGGUUCCAAUUCAGCAAGAUAUGCAGCUUGACAUUGCGUGCUAUGAAGCACUCGCUCAAGGGGCGCUGAUUAUCGCAUCUUCAACCUUGAUACCUUGCUCCAGAAUCAAGCUUCGGACGGUCUCAGACAACAGUGGUGCGGAGGCAGGUGUGAAUGCAUCCUUUACAACUUCACGCCCACUUGCAUAUUUCCUUGAACGCAUCUCUCUGCUUGCAGCAGUGUAUCGUACCACUUUGGAUGUAUCUCACAUACCUGGGGAGAAAAACACCAAAGCAGAUGCACUGUCAAGACCGGGUGAACACGACAUUCCCCUAGACUGCCUCGACGUUGAUCGCAUCAGGCUUCGCCUGAGUGAUCUUUGGCUGCCUCGGCCGGCCAUUUCCAUUUCGCCCAGCGAUGCUUCGCUAGCAUGGACCGUGCGAGCCCCAGGAGUGCCGAACAACCUCACAUAG